CCUCUUCUCUCUCAUCACACAUAAACACUCCCAUCAUGUCUGUCGUUGGUAUUGAUUUUGGAAACUUGCAGACGAUUAUCGCUGUUGCUAGAAACCGCGGUAUCGACGUUAUCUGUAAUGAAGUCUCUAACCGCUUCACUCCUUCCUUGGUUUCAUUUGGACCGAAGCAGCGUUAUCUCGGAGAGACUGCUAAGACCCAGGAGAUUUCCAACUUCAAGAAUACUGUCUCAUCAUUGAAGCGCAUUAUUGGACGCACCUUCGCCGAUAAGGAGGUUCAGGAGAUUGAGAAGCAAUACUUGACUGCUCCUCUCGUUGACGUCAAUGGCCAACUUGCCGUCAAGGUCAACUACCAGGGACAGGAGACCACCUUCACCAUUAUUCAGCUCUUUGCUAUGUAUCUUACCAAGAUGAAGGAGAUCGCUACCAACGAGACUAAGUUGCCUGUAUCAGACUGCGUUAUUGCCAUCCCUUCCUGGUUCACUGAUGUUCAGCGUCGUGCUGUUUUGGACGCUUCUGAAAUUGCCGGCCUGAACGUUCUCCGUCUGAUCAACGACUCGACUGCUACUGCACUAGGCUAUGGUAUCACCAAGACUGACUUGCCUGAGGACAAACCCCGCAACAUUUGCUUUGUUGAUAUCGGUCACUCCACCUACACUGUUACAAUUGUUGCUUUCAUCAAGGGUCAGCUUACUGUCAAGUCUCGUGCCUUCGACAGGCAUUUUGGAGGCCGUGACUUUGACCGCAUGUUGGUCGAUCACUUUGCUGCAGAAUUCAAGACCAAGUACGGCAUUGAUGUCAAGUCUAAUGGCAAGGCUCUUAUCCGCUUGAUGGCUGGAUGCGAGAAACUAAAGAAGAUUCUUUCUGCCAACUCCCAGGCUCCUCUUAACAUUGAGUCAAUCAUGGAGGAUCGUGAUGUUUCCUCUAUGAUGAAGCGCUCCGAGUUUGAAGAGCUCGCUAAGGACCUCAUCUCCCGUGUUGAGGCCCCUAUCAAGCAGGCUUUGGAGGAUGCUGGCAUGACCAUCGAAGAAAUUGAUGCCGUCGAGAUGGUCGGAGGUUCUAUUCGUAUCCCUUCCCUCAAGGAGCGCAUCCAAGCUUACUUUGGUAAGGAUCUUUCUUCUACUCUUAAUCAGGAUGAGGCUGUUGCUCGUGGUGCCGCUCUUCAGUGCGCCAUCUUGUCACCUUCCUUCAAGGUUCGUGAUUUCACCGUUCAGGAUAUUACCAGCUAUCCCAUUAAGAUAACCUGGCAGCCUACUCCCGAAGAGGAGGAGACUGAGCUUGUUGUCUUCAACAAGAACAACUCUACUCCUUCGACCAAGAUCUUGACCUUCUAUCGCUCCCAGCCCUUUGAUCUUGAGGCUCAUUAUGCAGAGCCUGAGAAGAUCCCUUCUGGUAUUAAUCCUUGGAUUGCCCGUUUCUCCAUCAAGAAUGUCGAACCCAUCAAUGGCGAGCCUGCCUGCAUCAAAGUCAAGGCCAGAAUUAACAUUCACGGUGUUUUGUCUGUCGAGAGUGCCUAUAUUGUUGAGGAAGUGCUCAAGGAAGAACCUGUCGAAGCUCCUAAGGCUGAUGCUGCUGAAGGUGAGGAGGCUGCUGCCCCUGAGACUCGCAAGGUUAAGAAGCUCGUCAAGAAGGGAGACUUGCCUGUUGUCAGCGCCACUUCCUCUUUGGACCGUAGUGUUUUGGCUGAGCUUAAGGAGAAGGAAAUGGAGAUGAUUGCCUCUGACAAGUUGGUUGUUGAUACUGAGAUGGCUAAGAACGCUUUGGAGGAAUACAUCUACGACACCCGUUCUAAGGUUGAUAGUGUUUACAAGGACUUUAUCAAUCCCGCAGACAAGGAGAAGUUUGUUGCGGACUUGAACGACGCUGAGAACUGGUUGUACGAGGAGGGAGAAGAGACAACAAAGUCAGUAUAUGUUGCUAAGCUUGCUGACCUUCAUGUUGUGGGUAAGCCCAUUAUUGAGCGCUACCGCGAGGUCGAGGCCCGUGCAAAUGCAGCUCGUGAGUUGCGUGAGUCGAUUAACCAGUUGAUGUCGCAGGCGACCAGCUCAGAAGAGAAGUACGCUCACAUUCCCGUGGAGGAGAAGAACUCUAUUGUGGAGAAGUGUGCUAAGGCUCAGACCUGGAUUGAAAAUAAGCUCGAGCGUCAGUCUAUGCUCAAGAAGUAUGAGACGCCUGCCGUCACCUCAGCAGAGAUCAUCAAGCAGCGUGAUGACAUUGUCUACUUUGCUGUUCCUAUUUUGAACAAGCCCAAACCCAAGCCUGUGGUUGUCGAGACCCCUGAGACCCCAGCAGCUGAGGAAAAGCCUGCUUCAAGAGAAGAGACCAAGGAGGAUGACACUAAGGAUAUGGAUAUCGAUUAAAUGAGACGCAACAAUUAUUGGUGUGAGGUUUAGGGAGGAAAACAAAAAGUAGACUCAUGUAUGAAUACAAUUUUAUUAGAGACCUUUUAUUAUUAUUUUUUUUGCAUUAAAAUAGCAGAGUAAGCGACUUUUUUAUUAUUGGAGAUGAUGCUUUUUUUUUUCUCUCUCUGUCAAAAUAGAUGUACAUUUAC